CCCACACCGCCUUCUAUUCUAAGCACUCUGGGCAGAAAUUGUUGUCUCCCAGAGCUCAAGCUGCACCUACCUCCCCACGUCAAGAUACCUUCAUCACUACCUCAGCUCCCUCAACAAACCUCCACUCCUCCGACCUACUUCGCCCAAGCGCGCCGCAGUGACGAAAAUAUUUGCACGACCACACUUCCAAGCCAGAGUUACCCGCCCGUCGCACCAUGUCGACCAUUACUUCGACCGCGCUCCAGUCAGGAAACCCGCCCGUCAUCCCGCUCUCCUUCGACUCCAACCAACCCGAGAAAAUUACGCUGUUCCCGCUUUCCAACUAUACAUUUGGCGUCAAAGAGACGCAGCCUGAAGAAGAUCCAUCCGUAAUUGCUCGCUUGAAACGCCUCGAGGAACACUACGUUGAGCAUGGCAUGCGCCGCACCUGCGAGGGUAUCCUGGUGUGCCACGAGCACAACCACCCACACAUCCUGAUGCUUCAGAUUGCGAAUGCUUUCUUCAAGCUACCUGGCGACUACCUGCGACCCGAAGAUGACGAGGUUGAAGGCUUCAAGUCACGACUGGACGAGAGGCUGGCACCGGUCGGGCGCCUGGGUGAGGGUGAAGAAGCUGGUGACUGGCAAAUUGGAGAUUGCUUGGCCCAAUGGUGGCGACCAAACUUCGAGACAUUCAUGUACCCCUUCGUCCCCGCGCAUGUAACGCGACCGAAGGAGUGCAAGAAACUCUACUUCAUCCAAUUGCCAAAGACAAAGGUGUUGAGCGUACCGAAGAACAUGAAGUUGCUUGCUGUCCCUCUUUUUGAGCUGUACGAUAACACUGCUCGUUACGGGCCGCAACUUUCCGCUAUUCCCCAUCUUCUAAGCCGAUACAACUUCCAAUUUGUUGACGAGAAGGGGAACGUCGUUGCAGCAACACCUGGGUCGGGUGCUCCAGAUGGCUACGUCCCUCAGACAAAGGUGUUGGCGGGCGAUGAUACGGAUAUGAAGGAGGAGAAUGGAACCAGCUGAUAUAGUCUGGAUAUGGGAUUAAAAUAUGCAAUGGUGUUUGGCGUUGUCGGUGUAGAUACGGGCAAGACUUUUAUCUAUCUGAUUUUGUUUUUCAGCAUAGUUCUCACGGCAGUUGGGGCUUCUCCCUCACCACCUCCGUCUUCUCUACCUAAAUGGUCACGGAACCUCUAGGUUUAAUACGCCACUGAACAAGCGAUCUAUGGUUAAUCAUGGGCGUUGAGCGAACAAGACCUCCCAUUUCGUCUUCACACAUAGUCAAUAUGUGUGAAAUGAUAGUGGGAAGGGUCGUGGAGCAUGACUUCUGAAACUAGCGUUGGCAUGAGCAAAGCCCAUACAGUUGCUUGUGGUGUGAGAAUGUUGAGCUGGACCAGUCCCACGACGACAUCUGAUGGUGGUCAAAUUGAAGACAGUGGGGAGCUAUUGGCCAAUCACAGCCCGUAC